AUGGUACUUAGUAAAAAAGUCAACAUACAACCUGGAAAGCCCAUGAACAUUGACCAAAUCACAACUAGUAACAGUGAACCGAAUGAUGAACCAACAACUACAACAAACUUUCAAAAUAGUGGAACAGAGCAAACACUAUCUUCAAGCAAUCUAGGAGGAACAGAUCUUUCGAGAUGGAGACUUCGAUAUUGGACAGAAUCAACAAGGAAGAAAACCUCGUAUAAUGAAAUAAAUCUAACAUUAACUAGAGAAAUAUUUGAAGAAAUACGACAAAGAAGAAUAAACCCACAAACGGUAAAUAGAAAAAUACAACCAAACGAUGUAUUCUCAACACCAAACGGGAUAGUGCCACAACAAUUCAUAAAUGAAGAAAUAACGGAUGAAACUAAUGAACAACUAUUUGGACAACUAUUUUUCAAUGAAACUGAACUUCAAAGGGCAAUAAAUAGAAGCUUCGGAGAGGCUAAUCCAAAGGAUAGAACCUUCCACGAAUAUAAUAGAAAAUUCUUUAAGCAAAUAAAAGGAACUAACGUCCUAUGUAAAUCAUGCCUAAUGACAAUAGUAAUCGAACAAGAAGAACCAUGGGAAUAUACCAUUGUACAAACUGAAGAAACUAGAAAUCACCAACAUAAAAAAGAAGAAUAUUGUAACCAAUGUCAUAAAUUAGUAAAAACCAAAGAAUUCUUUCCAGAACAAGAAGAAAGCUACCAGCAAAAGCUUGAAAAAUUAAUCAACCUUGAAGGACAGGAAUACAAACAGAAGGUAAUUACCUUAAUAGAUAAAGCACAACAAGUGGCCCAGGACGAAUCUAGGAAAAACCUAAAAACACAACAAUAUCAGAAAAUAACUUGGGUAAAAAAUUGCAAAGCCUGCGAUUAUUGUGCCAAAUAUAAAAAGAAGUAUGAAUAUCAAAAUAACCAGGAAAAGUGUAACUGUGUGAAUAUUCAAAAUGACAACAAUACCACAAAGGAACAAGGAUUAAAAACUGUGACAAUUGUAAUAUAUUUAAAAAAUAUUGCAUCAAACAACCAACUGAAGAAAAGUGUAAUUCCUGCAUUGAAAAAGAAUUACCGUGUACCUCCACCAAACCAAAACAAGCAAAUUAUAACCAUUGUGAAAACUUGCAAAUACCAAAAACCUAAAAAGUACCAUAAACAAAAUAACUCUGACAAAAUAAAAGUGGAAGAAAUAAACAAAAACUGUGACAAUUGUAUUCAAAAAAGAAUAGAAAAUCUGACAAUACACCCAGAAGAAGAAAUAGGACAACAAAUUAAAUCAAUAAAACAACUAUUUGAAGAAUAUCAAAACAAAACAUUCUUUCCAGAAGAAACAAAUUUAAACAAACUAUUUGACCAAUUCACUAAACUCUCAACAGAAGAUAAUAAUCCUUGGGAACCAGAAAUAUCUAUUGAACCAAUAACAUCCAACAAGAAACUCAUACGACCACCACCAAAACCUAGAAAAGUUUUAGAAGAAGUACUAAACGGAGAUUUACAAAAUUAUCUAUUAUUACUCUUAAGAGAAAGUAAAAUAGUAAAAGAAUAUCAAUUAAGAAGAUUACACACCAUAUUAAUGAGUAUAACAAUAGAUCGAUACAAUCCAGAAUAUUUAAAGAAAGUAUUACAAAAAGCAAAAGACAAUAUCAUCCAAUACCAACAACAAAUUUAUACCAAAGAAAAAUUAAUAACAAAAUUAAAAGAAUUAGAACACCAAUUACCAUUAGGAAUAUCAGUAAGAAUAGUAUUGGAAGAAAUACUUAAACAGAAAUCACUACAAAAAUUAAACAAACUCCUAAAAGAAAUCAACAAUCAUCUCGAAGAGUUAAAUGAACAAUAA